AUGACUGCGCUCUCAACCUAUGAGAAGAACAACGGAUUCUACCCAAUUACACUCGAAUUCCCCAAAAUGGAUCUCAAGGGGUUAGAAGAAAUGAGAAAAACACUCUCAAACUACGAUAUCCCAUUCGACAAGAUAUACAUAGGCAAAGGAACUAGAAAAAUGAUCCACCUGAUGAUUAAAAACGAACAAUCUCUCCUAAAUAUCAUUAGAGAUAGAAGCAAAUUGGGAACCUUCAUCACCUCCAGUAGAGACUUCCACGUCCUCACAGGAAGAGUAAGAAUUCCCAGAGAAAAGGCAGGAAUAGUGGACGCCCUCAUCAAAACUGCCUUUGCAGAAGAAAUACCCUAUGCAAUAUACAAUACUAUAUACUCCACCGACCACCUCAUAGUAUUCGGUCUAAUAGAAUGCAAAAUAGGCGAUCAAAUGAAAUCUGGCCAACACAUUACAGAAAUCGCAAACUUUACCAUCAGAACGGCCACCAAAACCUACUCCUCANCAAAGAAAAACAAGAAAGUAGAGAAGUCAAACAACACGGAAGAACCAUUAGAAGAUGAGAUGACAGAUGAUCCUCCCAACAUCCAAAACAGGAUAGCAAUCAAAUCCUCUCAACCAAAACCACAACAACAAACAAACAACCCCCAGCAAACAAUCAGUCUGAAAAACAAUCACCCCCAAGAGAAAAAAGCCCAAGCAAAAAAGUCAUCUCAACCUCUUCCCCCCAAAAACCCAGCAGAAUCUCAAUCUGUCAAACCCACCACAACCACUACCACAACAUCCAACGCCAUCCAAAAAGACAAUGCCAACAAAACGAGCAAUAACAUCCAUUCAUCCUCGGAAAACAGAGAGAAGACACUAAACAUCCCUCCAUCACAUAAACGCAAGAACGAGGAAAUCCACUCAAACAAUGAAGUCACCCAACUCUCACCAACAAUAAAUAGAAGCAACCCUUACAUCCCAUCCACCCCUAAGACACCUGUCAAAAAAGAAAGUAAAGGAAUCAUUGAGAGCUUCAUAGAGAGUAUCUACCCUUCACCAUCCAAACCGCAGCUAUACGACUCCCAAGAGGAGAUCGAUAUCAUCUCAUAA